GGUGAAUACACCUACACCUCGAUAUCUCACUCUUAGCUCCCGUCUACUCCAACUACACGCCCGCUGGCAACCCACUGAAGCGAGCAGGCGAAGCUCUCGAGAGCCACCGUCCCUCUCCCAACCACUUGCUUCACCGACGUGCCGUCUCCAACAAUGGAAUCAUCAAACUCGAGUCCCCCGAUAUCCCCCAGUAUCCUCAAAUGCAGAAGACUUACGACACUGCCUACGCGUCCCCUUACCUUGCGCAAGGCCCGGCACCCACAAAUGAUUUCAACGCUCCCCAACCGAGCUUGAUGCGAGCCACUCAGGUCGUCGCGCCUAUCCCUGCAGCUGCCAACCCGUACAUCUUGGCAGGCGGGAACAAGGCCAGCCUCGAGCUAGUCGGAGAUCUCGAUGCCAUGGCAAAGGGAUGGUGAGUUGACUCAAUGUCGCCCGCCCGCUGGCGUCAUGCUGAUAGCUCUCCCCCACAGGACCGAGGACGAGUGGAUGGGCAGACGCCGAUUGGUCCAGUUCUGGAGACGGCAGGAUGGUACCACCAUCUCCGCCGCAUUCCGGCCGCUUCCCCAGGCCGAGUACCCUCAACAACAGCAAUCCAUCAUCAUCUCUUGCAUCUUCCGUGAAGACAAGAAUGCGUGUUACGUCACUUCGGUGGACACGAUCUACUUGCUGGAAGCGCUUGUCGGCACUCGAUUCACAGUCGAGGAGAAGAAUCGUAUCAGGAGGAACCUUGAGGGAUUCAGACCCAUAACAGUGUCAAAGAACAAGGCUGGAAGUGAAGAAUUCUUCAAGACGAUCAUGGGCUUCCCGAACCCUAAACCGAGGAAUAUUGAAAAGGAUGUCAAGGUGUUCCCUUGGGAAAUUCUGGGACCGGCAUUGAAAAAGAUCAUUGGCAAAUACUCUGCCAGCUAUCCUUUUUCUUCUUCUGGAUCUGCCUCGAGCACACCCAUCUUGAGCGAUCAAGCUCCCCUCCCACCUACAAACUAUGGUGUCAACUACAGCGAGCCGUACUCUGCCAUUUCGAGUGGUUCUGUUCCUACUCUUGCCUCCAACUCCUCGUCCACCUCAUCUUACGACCCAAAUUACAUUCCAGCGCCACAAACGCCUCAAAUGAGUCAUCCUCAUUCGAUCAAUCCUUCCCCGACUGACCACUUUACCCGCACCCCAUCUGAGGAGAAGCACCAUGAAUAUGUCAACCUCUCACCGACUUCUCACUCGCCAUACGCUCCCACUACCCUGCAUCACGGACGUGAUUCGACCGGAAGUACUGGGGGAGCCUUUUGGCCCGGAAGUGGCAGUGGUGCUGGGAUCGGUGUAGGCACGCCUACAGGUCUGAAUCUACAUUCUUCCGAACAAGCUUUACCGAGUCCCGCGGUAUCCAGUGGAAGCUAUGCGACUCUACCUGGUCCUGGGGGAUACGACCAACAGCCUCAUCAAUUACCUCAUGUCCAUGAGACUUUGAGCAAACAACCUAGCUCGAGUGAUCUGCGAGUCUUGUUCCCUGGCAUGGCUCAGUAGUAGAACAACAACAACGGACAAUUCCUUUUAAACACUCGAAUAGACGCGUUGUAUAUUUACAUGUACAUGUAUGAUCAAUUGAAG